AAUGUAUAAAUUAAAAAUAGUAGGUUAGGAUGUUGAAUUUUUUUUAAACAAACAGUUGUAAAAGGUUAAAAAGAAGUUGAUGUUAAAUAAAUAAGUUAGAAAAAGAUAAAAUGAUGUGGAAUGUUAAAAGAUUAAAAAUAGGACGUUGAUAAUGAAAUGAAUUUUGAAACUAUUGCACAUAGUGUAAAGUUAUAGUAGUAAUAAAAAAAUAUAUGUAUAGAAAAAAGUUUACUGUUAACGGCUGUAUAGUGUGGUUCGUCUGUCACUUGGACCCUAUGUAUUAGAAUGCUUUUGACUUUAUGAGCAAUUAGAUUCUGACUUGUUUUAAAAAAACUGGGUAUAUUUUCUGUUUUACAUUUUUUUAGAAAUUUAAUUUUUAUAAUUGCAUUUUAAUUAUAUUUGUGUUUUUUUCAUAUAAUAUUUCUUUUAAAUGAUUACUAGAAGUUUUAGUAAUUAUAUUAAAAUAAUUGCUAUCAAUAGAUAAUGCAGUUGUUUUAAUAGAAUAAGAUGGAUAAUAUAAUAUUUUUUACUGGACUGAAACAAAGGAGACUUGUUGGAUCGUUUUCUCAUCAGACUUCACUCUCAAGCUUUGAUCGGUUUCUGCGGAACCCAAAAGCAAUCGUCUCUUUUUGUUUGUUUUCAGCGCGGAGAAGACUCAAGAUGAUAAGUUGGAGUGGAUUCAAAUGUUUCAUAUGGGCCUACCUUCUUUACCUUCUCAGCCGGAGAACAGGCGGCGGCGAUGUUGAAUUUUUCGAUUCGGUCACUAAAGUUGACCACCUCAAAGGUCUAGCGGAAUUGCUAGAAGAAGGGAGAGAGGUCAGGCCUUUGAUCGUCGCUGUAACAGGAUCAGUUGCCUCUGCCACACCUUUCAAAUGUCAGCGUAGUGAAAUGCUUGCUGUUAUUCUCGAGGAAACGGAAGAGAUACAGUUUCUGAAACGUAACUGGAAGUUUUCGUGGGUUCAAGACACUGCAUCCAUCAGCCUCCCCAUCACUAAGCAAGUCCCUUGGUUCCUGGAAGAUGGGACAGGCCGCGUUAAUGUAUCUGGAGCUGAAACUGCAUUAGGCUUUGCUUUCACUGUGGGAAGUGAAGUAUUUGAAAAGCCUGAGGCUUCUUCGCUUCUUCCAGGAGCAUUAGCUUAUCUCCAAGGCCUCAAGAUGCUUGGAGUAAGACGCUUUGAGUAUGUUCUCCCAAUUGGUACAUGGCUUACGGUUGUUGGCGAGGCCGUAAAAGAUGGUAGCGGGAAUGUCAGGAUUCAAAAACCCGAUCAAGGGCCUUUCUACAUCUCACCUAAACCCCUCGAUCAACUCAUUCCUACCUUAGGAACGUGGUCAAGGAUAUUCAAGUAUGCCUCCAUGGGAGCCUCCUUCUGUUUCACUGUUCGUGGUGUGAUUAUAACUUCAAAGCCUUUGAUUAUAUAUAUUCUACAUGUGAUUGAAGAUAUUCUAUUUAUGUUUGGAUAUAUUCUAUGGAGAAUGCGGCAGGGACUGCCUAUUCUGAAAAAACAUGUGACGUUACUGAAAAGAGGUCUUGGUGCAGUUAGUAAAUACAUUCUUGUGAGAAGUAGAGAUUUUAUAGAGAGAAGGCGGCAUCGACUGUUAAGGAACAGAGUUUUUUGUGCAGCUGCAAAUAGAACGAGACAAGCGACUGAAGAAGAUGUACCUGAUCUCUGUGUGAUCUGCCUUGACCGAAAGUGUGACGCCGUUUUCCUUGAGUGUGGUCAUAUGUGCUGCUGCUUAACAUGCUCCUUGUCCUUGGAGUUACAAGGGAAGCGUUGUCCUCUUUGCCGUAAACCAGUAGUGGUUUUGAAGAUUUACCGCAUUUGAAGACAAAAGAAAAAACAAACUCAGUGGAACAAAUUUGACUAAACAUUCCUAACUGCUAAAAGCCGAUCAACUACUAAACAAUCUUUUGUAUCCGACAUUUGACCAGAUUGUGUUAACAAACAGACACAAUAGAAUGUUUUAAGUCUAUUUCUAUGAAUCUUUGUGACAAUCAGUGUUGGAUAACAGGAGAUUUUUUUUCGAGAAGUUUA